AUGAUGAUAAAGUGUUACGCACUUUCUCUUUUGGUUCUCGCACUUUGUUGUGUCUGUGGAUGUGUGGUAGCUGACAGUGAUGCUCUGGAACGUACAGCUAAUGAUCUUGGUCCUGGGACUCACGAUAGCACUUUGAAGGAUAAUUUGGAUACUCGUGAUAGAGAAGUGGAAGAUAGUGGAACGGAAUGUCAAACAGAUAAUGAGGAGGAAAAUAAGGGAACAAAUUGCAAACCAAAUACCUCGCAGGAAUUGACUCUAGGAGCUGGACAACUAAAAGAAACAAGACCUGAAGGUGAUAUACUUUCACAACCACAAACGAGUCUCGGUCCUUCUCCUAGUGCUCCUGGUACUCUUGGGGUUCCUGCCCCUGACGCUCCUCCUUUAACUCCUGCUGCUCCUAAAGAUCCUGCUGCUGUUGGUGCUGCUAACCCUUCAUUGGCAGGUCCUCCUGCAGUAGAUGGUGUAAAAGCGGCAGAAGAGAGUGAAGCUGUGACUGAAAAGAAUACGGAUACUAAGAAACCAGCACAAGGUGAAAGGACAGCAAACAUGGACAGUCUUCAAAGUGAAGGUGAAGAGAACAAUGGGGGAGCAGCAGGACCACAGGGAAAUCAAAAUGGAUCACAACCCAUUUCUUCUACUGGACCCAGUACAGGUAAUACAGACACUCCAGAAAAAAGCGGGAGUCAAGAACAGACAACUGACACAAAUGAUUCUCAACCAAACAAUGAUACCGUUGAAACCAAUACUUCAGCAAGCACAACCAAUGACAAUUCCAGUACACCCAAUAAUAAUGAGGAAUCAACCACCACCACUACAACAACACUUCCUCCUUUGCCUGCAAACAACAAGAAGAAGGGUGAUGCAGACAGCAGCAGCAGUAUCAGCAGUUCUGUGUGGGUGCGUGUACCACUACUGAUUGUGUUUACACUGGCCUGUAUUCUUGUGUGCUGA